AUGAUACUUAUCUAUUUAUUGAUUAAUUCACUUGGAAAAUAUUUGGCUUAUCCUGAUGAGCAACAUAAUCAACCAACGAAAAUAAACUAUUCCAAUAAAUCGGCGAAUAAUGAUAUAUUAUUAAUUUAUAUUUACGCUGGCACACAUUCUCAUGCAUACGGAAAUUUAAAAUAUUUUAUCGAUAAAUGUGUUCGUCAAGGAGAUCAUGUUGAUUAUUACUUUAUAUUACAACAAGUUGAUAAUAAACCAAUAAAUGAGAGUAAUAUGCCAUUAUUAACAUCAAACAGUGCUUAUUAUAUUCAACAUGAAAAUAAAUGUUUUGAUUUUGGCACUGUUGGAUGGUUUUUUGAUCAUUAUACUGUGGGAAAUCCAUGGAAAAAUUAUUCUUUAAUUGAUAAUAAUAGAACAAUAAAUUUAACUACAUAUAAAUAUUUUAUAUUUAUGAAUUCAUCGGUUCGUGGUCCCUUUUUUCCACCUUAUUUUAUUGAAUUAGCAUUUAAAUCGAACAUAAAUUAUUAUUGGUAUUCAAUAUUUACAAAUCGUAUUAAUGAUUAUGUUAAAUUAGCUGGAUGUACAAUUAGUUGUGAAAGAGUUCCACAUGUUCAAGGUCAAUUAUUCGUUACUGAUUUUAUUGGUUUAUCAAUUUUAUUAAAACCAGGCAGUUGGGGUGGAUCAUAUCCAGAAGGAAUAUUUACUUGUUAUCCAACCAAAGAUCAUGUUUCACUUUAUAGCGAAAUACCAUCAUCAAGUCGCAUACUCGAAUCAGGUUAUAUGAUUGAUUCUCUUUUAACUAAAUAUCAACAUGUUAAUUUUUCUCAACCCCAUAACAAAUUUUGCAAUUCCAAUAGAAACCCAUUUAUAAACAAAGCUUUUCAAGGUACGUCAUUAGAACCAUAUGAGGUUGUUUUUGUUAAAUAUAAUGAUUUCCAAUGGACUAAAGAUACAAGAGAGCGAGCACAAUUAUAUGAAAAAUGGACGACUGAUAUUAAAUUAGUGAAUAGAUCAUCGUGGUAA